AUGGAAUUAUGCGAGCGCUGGUGGCAGUGUACGCAGGAACUUUUAGCUCUUGAAGAACACUGUGAUCAAAAAUAUCCAUUUGUUAAUCAUCGGCCUUGGUGGGCUUUCAAGACAUUACAUCGAAAAACUGCGAAAGGCAUCGAGUGUGAUUCUAAUCUAACUGAUACAUACACGAAAUUAAAUGCUUUGUAUGUGGAAUUUGGAGUGGAAAUGCUUCGAUGCUUUCGGAAUAUUUUGAGCGACACCUCGUUUUCAGAACAAGUUGAUGGAUGUGAAAUAUUUACGAAUAGUGAUGAUUUAUUUGAUGGCGAUGAGUCAGUAGAAGCGUGUUGGUCACGUGUCCAUCAGAUUCAUGCAAAAUGCAAUUUACUAGAAGUUUGCUGCAGACCGGCUUCAUGGUGUCUGAAAGAUGUCAACAAAAAACCUAUCGGUAAAGCAAUCAAAGACUCUGAAGAAAUCAUUAACAGAGAGUAUGAAUUAUGCAAUAAAAUUCCAACGGUACACACAAAUAAUUUUCAAGUCGAUAAAUCAAUGACAAAAACGGGUUUCCAUAUCAGAAUUGGGCCUUGA